AUGUUUAGAAAAACGUUUGCGCUGCUCGCGCAGAGCGCGGGCAAAACGAUCCCGCCGGUUAAACUCGGUUACAAGUACAUGCUCAAGGACCCGUCCGUCAAAUACAAGCCUUUCACCGCGGUGGACCUUCCCAACAGACAGUGGCCCAGCAAACGGAUCACUAAAGCACCCAGAUGGCUUUCUACAGAUCUCAGAGACGGUAAUCAGUCGCUCCCGGACCCCAUGUCCGUUGAGCAGAAAAAAGAGUAUUUCCACAAGCUCGUGAAUCUCGGGUUCAAAGAAAUCGAAGUUUCUUUCCCGUCCGCGUCGCAGACGGAUUUCGAUUUCACUCGUUAUGCUGUCGAACAUGCUCCAGAAGACGUGGCUAUCCAAUGUCUUGUGCAGUCACGUGAACAUCUCAUCAAGCGUACUGUCGAGGCGCUUACAGGUGCUAACAAGGCCACUGUACACGUCUAUCUCGCCACUAGCGACAUGUUCCGCGAUAUCGUUUUCAAUAUGUCCCAGGAAGAAGCCGUCGCUAAGGCCGUCGAAGCUACGAAGCUGGUGAGAAAGCUCACCAAGGACGACCCUACCCAACAAGCUACCGAAUGGACCUACCAAUUCUCGCCAGAAUGCUUCAGUGACACUCCUCCAGAAUUUGCUGUAGAGAUCUGCGAGGCCGUCAAGGCCGCAUGGGAACCUACUGCGGAAAACCCAAUCAUUUUCAACCUUCCAGCUACCGUCGAAGUCGCAACCCCCAAUAACUACGCUGACCAGAUCGAAUAUUUCUCGACCCACAUCUCUGAACGUGAAAAAGUUUGCAUCUCGACCCACGCCCACAACGAUCGUGGCUGCGGUGUCGCCGCCUCUGAGCUCGGUAUUCUAGCUGGCGCCGACCGUGUCGAGGGCUGUCUUUUCGGAAACGGUGAAAGAACCGGUAACGUAGACCUUGUCACGGUUGCACUGAACAUGUACACGCAGGGUGUUUCUCCAAACUUGGACUUCUCCGAUCUCAACUCUGUGGUUGAAGUUGUCGAGCGCUGUAACAAGAUCCCAGUGUCUCCAAGAGCGCCCUACGGAGGUGACUUAGUCGUGUGUGCCUUUUCCGGAUCGCAUCAGGAUGCUAUCAAGAAAGGUUUCGCGCUACAGGACAAGAGACGUGCUCAAGGCGACCAACUUUGGAAGAUUCCUUAUUUGCCUUUGGACCCCAAGGACGUGGGCAGAGACUACGAGGCCGUCAUUAGAGUCAACUCCCAAUCUGGUAAAGGCGGUGCUGCAUGGGUCAUCUUGCGCUCCCUCGGUCUAGAUAUGCCAAGAAACAUGCAAAUUGAGUUUUCAACUUUGGUGCAAACCAGAGCCGACUCGUUGGGCAGAGAGCUUAAGAGCCAAGAGAUAACCGAUCUCUUCAAAGAAACCUACAACUACUCUGGCGAAUACCAGGACAUCACGCUCGUUGAUUACAACGUCACUAAACUGGACAAAGAGCGCAGAGAACUCACGGGACAGGUCGAGAUCAAUGGUCAAGUCUUCGACAUGGUCGGUGCUGGUAACGGCCCCAUCUCGUCUCUCGUGGACGCUAUGUCCAACCUUUUCAACAUCAGAUUCGAAGUGGCCAACUAUUCCGAACACUCGUUAGGAUCUGGGUCUGCGACUCAGGCCGCCUCUUACAUCCAUUUGGCCUACAGACGCGAUUCGGACAAUGCCAAAGUCUACAAAUGGGGUGUAGGUGUCUCUGAAGAUGUUGGUGACGCUUCAACCAAGGCCAUUUUCCACGUCAUCAAUGCUCUCGUUCAAUCUGGUGACAUCGCUCUUCCAGAUCGUACUUCCAAGGUCUCUGGAACGGCUUGA